AUUUGGGCGGUCCAUUUCACAGAAACCCUAAUCGUAGAUAUAUUUUCAAUCUCUCGCCACCGUCACUCCCCUUUCUUCCCCAGCCGAACGAGCAACAGCAGGAGCAGCGCGCCGAGAUGGGGGCUUACAAGUACGUUUCGGAGCUAUGGAGGAAGAAGCAGUCGGAUGUGAUGAGGUUUCUGCAGAGGGUUAGGUGCUGGGAGUAUCGCCAGCAUCCGUCGAUCGUCCGAGUCACUCACCCGACUCGCCCUGACAAGGCUCGUCGCUUGGGUUACAAGGCCAAGCAGGGUUACGUAGUUUAUCGAGUGCGUGUGAGACGUGGCGGAAGGAAGAGGCCAGUUCCUAAGGGUAUUGUGUAUGGAAAGCCCACCAACCAGGGUGUGACUCAGCUCAAGUUCCAGCGUAGCAAGCGAUCGGUCGCAGAGGAACGUGCUGGGCGGAAGCUAGGUGGACUCAAGGUUCUCAAUUCCUACUGGAUCAACGAGGAUUCGACAUACAAGUACUUUGAAGUGAUCCUAGUUGAUGCGGCACACAAUGCAAUCCGCAACGACCCGAGGAUCAACUGGAUAUGCAACCCAGUCCACAAGCACAGGGAGCUUCGCGGUCUCACUUCUGCAGGAAAGAAGUACAGAGGUCUCAGAGGAAAGGGUCACUUGUACCACAAGAACAAGCCAUCGAGGAGGGCAACCUGGAAGAGGAACAACACACUCUCUCUGCGCCGCUACCGUUGAUCUUUGCUUUGCAGCGUUGUUUGUUGCCAUAUUUUUGUUCCUGACUGUAGGAUCCUUUUGAGUUUUGAAACGCAGUGAGUGGUUUCGGGUCUGUGCUCCUUGGAGUUCUUUUGCUAUGUCGAGUUAUAUGAUUAUGGUUUGCGGUUUCAAUCCAAAUAUACUCAACUAGAUCUUUCGCAUAUGUUUCUCGAU